ACAGCUUCUCCCACUACAACCACAGAUGCUCCCACUACAACCACAGCUGCUCUGACUACAACCACAGCUGCGCCAACCACCACCCCAGCUGCCCCUACAACCACCACAGCUGCUCCCACUACAACCACAGCUGCCCCCACAACUACAACAGAGGCUCCUACAACUACAUCAACUGCACCUACAACUACAACAGCUUCUCCCACUACAACCACAGCUGCCCCUACAACUACCACAGCUUCUCCCACUACAACCACAGCUGCUCCCAAUACAACCUCAGCUGCCCCCACAACUACCACAGAGGCUCCAACAACAACCACAGCUGCUCCCACUAUAACCACGGAUGCUCAAACAAAAACCACAGCUGCUCCCACUACAACCACAGCUGCUCCCACUACAACCACAGCUUCUCCCACUACAACCACAGCUGCACCUACAACUACCACAGAGGCUCCAACAACAACCACAGCUGCUCACACUAUAACCACUGAUGCUCCAAUAACAACCACAGCUGCUCCCACUACAGCCACAGCUACUCCCACUACAACCACAGCUGCCCCUACAACUACAACAGCUGCUCCCCCUACAACCACAGCUGCCCCUACAACUACCACAGAGGGUCCAAAUACAACCACAGCUGCUCCCACUACAACCACAGCUGUCCCAACAACAACAACAGCUGCUGCCAUUACAACCACAGCUGAACCUAUAACUACAACAGCUGCUCCCACUACAACCACAGCUGCUCCCACUACAACC